AUGCAAAUGAACAGAAGCUAUUUAAGGAAAACUCAUGGAAUUGGACAAACAUUUAAUGCAAAAGCAGAAGAAAUAGAUAAAGUACAUCUAUAUUACAACCGUUUCUAUGAGGCUGGAAAACAAACUAAUGGUGGCAGUGAUCUUCUCCUAGCUGCUGGGCUGGGUCUGUCCCAUGGCGCCCGGCUUUCAGGGUGCGGACCUCGCCCACCUGGGGGGGAGAAGGUCACGCACAUAGGCCAGGUUUACGAUGAGAAGGACCACAGGUGGGUGCGCUUCGUCGGCCGGCAGAAAGAGGUGAAGGAGAACCUGGCGGUGGAGUUGAUAGCUGAGCAGCCCGUGAGUGAGGUGGGCACCCGUGUGAUGUCCUGUGCUGCGGAGGGGGGGGGGACUCUGGGGCACCCCAGGGUCUACAUCAACCUGGACAAGGAGACCAAGAUGGGCACCUGCGGCUACUGUGGACAGUUCCGACAGCAUCACCACUGA